GUAGCGCGGUGCAUUGUGGGCCGGGGGAAGAUGGCCGCCUCCUUGAUGUGGUGGUGAGAGGAGUCGGGCUCUCCGGCGCUGCAGGACGCGUCUCCCCUUCUCCUCCCGCCUCCCGCCCGCUCCCGGUCCGCAGCUCGCCGAUCCGCUCUCGGCCCGCCGGUGUGCGAGGUAGCUGGGAGCCGCGAUGGGCCGGGCCCGGCUCCCACCGCAGAGAGUGCAGGGCCCGCGGGGCUAGAGGCGCGAGUGGAGGCCCGGGCCCGGUCCCCGCCGGCACCUCGGCCCUCCGCGGGGCCGGGAGGAGCCGCCUUCCUCGGAGCCCGGACGGGGCUGCUGUCAACGGGCGGCGGCGGCGAGUCGCCAGGCGGAAGGUGCUGCUUCCCCCGGGCUUGUCCUUACCUGCACACCUGGGAGAGGAGCCUCCCUCUGCCCUUGCCCCGUCCUCCCCACCCCCCGCCCCAGCCCGUGUCCGCGCCCCUUCCCGCCGGAGGGAUCCCUCGGCCCCCACUGCGUGCUGGGCUGGAGAUUGCUGCUCACUUGUUGCCUGGCACUUCUCCUCUGAUGGAGUCUGAGAUGCUGCAGUCGCCUCUUCUGGGGCUUGGGGAGGAGGAUGAGUCUGACCUGACUGACUGGAACUUGCCUCUGGCUUUUAUGAAGAAAAGGCAUUGUGAGAAGAUCGAAGGCUCCAAGUCUUUGGCUCAGAGCUGGAGGAUGAAGGACCGGAUGAAGACUGUUAGUGUUGCCUUAGUUUUGUGCCUAAAUGUCGGUGUGGACCCUCCUGAUGUGGUGAAAACAACUCCCUGUGCCCGUCUGGAGUGUUGGAUCGAUCCUCUGUCCAUGGGCCCUCAAAAAGCUCUGGAAACCAUUGGUGCAAAUUUGCAGAAGCAGUAUGAAAACUGGCAGCCCAGAGCCAGGUACAAGCAGAGUCUUGAUCCUACAGUGGAUGAAGUUAAGAAACUGUGUACAUCUCUGCGUCGAAACGCCAAGGAAGAGCGGGUACUUUUCCACUACAAUGGACACGGCGUCCCCAGGCCAACAGUAAAUGGGGAGAUCUGGGUCUUCAACAAGAACUAUACUCAGUAUAUUCCUCUAUCCAUAUACGACCUGCAAACUUGGAUGGGCAGCCCUUCCAUUUUCGUCUACGAUUGCUCUAAUGCUGGCCUUAUUGUCAAGUCAUUCAAACAAUUUGCACUACAGAGGGAGCAGGAGUUGGAGGUGGCUGCGAUUAACCCAAACCAUCCGCUUGCUCAAAUGCCUUUGCCGCCAUCCAUGAAGAACUGCAUUCAGCUGGCGGCUUGCGAGGCCAGUGAGCUGCUGCCCAUGAUCCCUGAUCUGCCAGCUGACCUCUUCACGUCAUGCCUUACUACGCCCAUCAAAAUUGCUCUGAGAUGGUUCUGUAUGCAGAAGAGCGUCAGACUGGUGCCAGGAGUCACACUGGAUUUAAUAGAGAAGAUUCCUGGAAGACUGAAUGACAGGAGAACUCCCCUGGGAGAGCUGAACUGGAUCUUCACUGCUAUCACAGACACCAUUGCAUGGAAUGUCUUGCCUAGAGAUCUUUUCCAGAAGCUCUUCAGGCAAGACCUGCUCGUGGCCAGUUUGUUCCGUAACUUUCUCUUGGCAGAAAGAAUUAUGAGAUCUUACAACUGCACCCCUGUCAGCAGCCCUCGUCUACCUCCAACGUACAUGCACGCGAUGUGGCAAGCAUGGGACCUUGCAGUUGAUAUUUGCCUUUCCCAAUUACCUACAAUUAUAGAGGAAGGAACUGCCUUUAGGCACAGUCCCUUCUUUGCGGAGCAGCUGACGGCUUUCCAGGUGUGGCUGACCAUGGGUGUGGAGAACCGCAACCCCCCGGAGCAGCUCCCCAUCGUCCUGCAGGUGCUGCUGAGCCAGGUACAUCGGCUGCGAGCUCUUGACUUGCUGGGAAGAUUUUUGGACCUGGGUCCCUGGGCAGUUAGCUUGGCCCUGUCUGUUGGCAUUUUCCCGUAUGUGCUGAAGCUACUUCAAAGUUCAGCUCGCGAGCUGAGACCGCUCCUUGUCUUCAUCUGGGCCAAAAUUCUGGCAGUGGACAGUUCAUGCCAAGCUGACCUUGUGAAGGACAACGGUCACAAGUAUUUCCUCUCAGUUUUGGCAGAUCCUUAUAUGCCAGCUGAGCACCGGACAAUGACUGCUUUUAUCCUGGCUGUAAUUGUUAACAACUACAACACUGGACAGGAAGCUUGCCUUCAAGGAAACCUGAUUGCUAUUUGCCUGGAGCAGUUAAACGAUCCGCAUCCUCUUCUGCGUCAGUGGGUGGCCAUUUGUUUAGGACGUAUUUGGCAGAACUUUGACUCAGCCAGGUGGUGUGGUGUGAGAGACAGUGCUCAUGAAAAGCUCUACAGUCUCCUCUCAGAUCCAAUCCCAGAGGUUCGCUGUGCUGCAGUCUUUGCACUGGGAACGUUUGUGGGCAACUCAGCUGAACGGACCGAUCACUCCACCACCAUCGAUCACAACGUAGCCAUGAUGUUGGCCCAGCUCAUCAAUGAUGGGAGCCCCAUGGUUAGAAAGGAGCUGGUGGUGGCUUUAAGUCACCUGGUGGUUCAGUAUGAGAGCAAUUUCUGCACUGUCGCCUUGCAGUUCAUGGAAGAAGAGAAGAAUUACCCUCUCCCUUCUCCAGCCACCACUGAGGGCGGGAGUUUGACACCAGUGCGAGAUGGUCCGUGUACGCCGAGGCUGCGGUCCGUCAGCUCUUAUGGGAACAUCCGAGCAGUUACCACAGCUAGGAACCUGAACAAGUCCUUGCAGAACCUUAGCCUGAAUGAAGAAUCUGGAAGCUCUGUUGCAUUUUCUCCCGGGAAUCUCAGCACCAGCAGCAGUGCCAGCAGCACCUUGGGCAGCCCUGAGAAUGAAGAGUAUAUCCUGUCCUUUGAGACUAUUGACAAGAUGAGACGAGUCAGCUCUUACUCUUCUCUGAAUUCACUAAUAGGUGUGAGUUUCAACAGUGUUUAUACCCAAAUUUGGAGAGUUCUCCUUCACCUAGCUGCCGACCCCUAUCCUGAUGUCUCCGACUUGGCUAUGAAAGUUCUCAAUAGCAUUGCCUACAAGAUUAUGCAAGUGGGACUGGCCUGCAGACUGAAGCCUCAACGGCUCUCCAAUCCAGGUGAACUAGUACAUGCAACAGUAAAUGCUCGCCCGCAGCGCAUCCUCGACACGUCCUCGCUGACGCAGUCCGCCCCUGCCAGCCCCACCAACAAGGGCAUGCACAUCCACCAAGUGGGAGGGUCACCUCCAACCACUAGUACAAGCAGCUCCAGCCUGACGAAUGACGUGACAAAGCAGCCAGUCAGUCGGGACAUCGCAUCUGUAAGACCUGCCAAUGUUGGCAACAUGGGGGUGCAGUACACCCCCCACUCCCACCAGUUCCCCAGGACGAGAAAAAUGUUUGACAAAGGGCCAGAGCAGACUACUGACGAUGCCGAUGAUACCGUUGGACACAAAAGUUUCAUUUCGGCUGCAGUGCAGACGGGGUUUUGUGACUGGAGUGCGAAGUAUUUUGCUCAGCCAGUCAUGAAGAUCCCAGAAGAGCAUGACCUGGAGAGCCAGAUUCGCAAGGAGCGGGAGUGGCGGUUUCUGCGCAAUGCUCGUGUCAGGAAGCAAGCCCAGAAGAUCAUCCAGAAGGGUAUCUCCCGGCUGGAUGAUCAGAUCUUCCUCAACAGGAACCCGGGCGUCCCCUCCGUGGUGAAGUUCCACCCGUUCACGCCCUGCAUCGCCGUGGCCGACAAAGACAGCAUCUGUUUUUGGGACUGGGAGAAAGGAGAAAAGUUGGACUAUUUCCACAACGGGAACCCUCGGUACACCAGGAUCACGGCAAUGGAGUACCUGAAUGGACAGGACUGCUCCUUGCUGCUGACUGCUACAGAUGAUGGUGCCAUCAGGGUGUGGAAGAACUUUGCAGACCUGGAAAAGAACCCGGAGAUGGUAACUGCUUGGCAAGGGCUGUCAGACAUGCUGCCAACUACGCGAGGUCUGGCCCGAAGGGUUUCAAUCUAUCUUGACAGAAGUAAACAGGGAGGAGCAGGAAUGGUAGUCGACUGGGAACAAGAAACCGGGCUCCUGAUGACAUCGGGAGACGUGAGGAUAAUCCGGAUCUGGGACACAGAUCGGGAAAUGAAAGUACAGGAUAUCCCCACCGGAGCCGACAGCUGUGUGACCAGCCUCUCGUGCGAUUCUCAUCGUUCCUUAAUUGUGGCGGGGCUGGGGGACGGCUCCAUCCGCGUGUUCGACAGGAGGAUGGCUCUGAGUGAAUGCCGCGUCAUGACCUACCGAGAGCACGCGGCCUGGGUGGUGAAAGCAUACUUGCAGAAACAUCCUGAAGGCAACAUCAUGAGUGUCAGUGUGAACGGAGAUGUGCGGUUCUUUGACCCCCGGAUGCCAGAGUCCAUGAAGGUCCUUCAGAUAGUCAAAGGGCUGACGGCCCUCGACAUUCACCCGCAAGCCAACCUCUUCGCGUGCGGCUCAAUGAAUCAGUUCACUGCGAUCUACAACGGAAACGGGGAGCUGAUCAACAAUAUCAAAUACUACGAUGGCUUUAUGGGACAAAGAGUUGGAGCCAUCAGCUGCCUGGCUUUCCAUCCUCACUGGCCCCAUCUGGCAGUCGGAAGCAAUGACUACUACAUCUCCGUGUACUCGGUGGAGAAGCGGAUCAGAUAACGGCUCGUGGCAGCGGCGCAGGAGAGGGGAGUCCCAGCGGGCAGGGCCGUGUCUCACCCAUAGUGUACAUAGUGAAAUUAUUGACUUGAAUGUUUAGUGUUGGCUGCUGCUGCAACCCAUAACUUGAACAUUUUUUUUCUGACUUAGCUACUGAUGAUUUUGACAAGGGGAAAAGAGACAAUCUCCUUUUUUUUUUUUUCCCCCUCCAGCUAUAUCCUCUAAAAGCUACAGAAAAGGAACAUUUUAUUUUUGUUUCCAGUGGUUGGCUUCUCUGUUAGAAACACGGCUCCUGAGCUUGGAAGGACUGGAUGAGGCAAUACCCUUGAAAAGGGCUUUCUGGUUUAGUCUUUGUUUCUUCGUUUUGCUGGAGCGUAGGUUGCUGUAAGGACUGAAGUCAGGACUCACCUACGGCUCUGUGCGUUCGACCGGACCACGGGACCCCUCCAGCUGCUGCCUACCCCGUGCCAAACGGUAACUCCUCCGGCAGGGCAGCGAGCCCCGAGCUGUCCAUCUGCAGAACUACGUACGCGCUCGUGGGCAAGGGAGGCAGGGAAGCGUCUCCUCUGCGUGGACCUUGUCCCCUCUGCCGCGUCCUCCCCGGUGGAAGCAGGGACAGAAGGCGGCUCGGUGGCGAGGGGAGGCAGGGAUCCUGAGGAAAGGGGCCUGAGGAGAUGGCAGGAGCAGGGCAGGAUGCUGCCGUAAGGUUGCACAUACGGGAAGAAGAGGGAAGAACGAGAACGGACAUCUCUAACGUCCCAGCAAGACUGGAGCGAGUCACUCGUAACCACUUUCCACACGGUGCCGUGGGGAGGCCUGGGGUAUCCUGGUCACUGUUCCUCCUGCAGUCACUGUCCUUCUGCCCACCGAGAACCCCGCAAACACGUUUGAUAGCCCGGGAGCUCUGCCCAGCCAGCGAGGGAGCCUCCAGGCUCCAGCCACGGGCUUUCCUCUCACUCCAAUGUGCUAAUACUCAGCGAGGUGAUGGGCAGGAGAAUUUGCACACUUGCUGCUGUGUGUAUGCAGCUGCGCGCGUGGCCGUGGCUUGUCCGUCUGUCCCUGGGCACGUAACCACACAUGGGCUGAGCACAAGAGAAUCACUAAAGGAGGGGGAAGACAGCAGGUCAUCCUGCCUGGAGCAAAACAGCUUUGUCCGAGCUGUCCAGGGGAAAGCCUGCUCCGUCUUCCGCCCCUUCCACGUCUGAAUAAUGAAUGUUUCUGUCUCUUGGAAUCCAUGAUGGGUCUGGAGAUGGGUGUGGGGAAGGGGUAGGCCAAGCCACAGGGCAGGUUUCUUUCAUGUGCUGCCGAGGUGCCGUUUAGCUGGCCAAGAACAGAGCUUGCGCUGUGCAGAAAUCACUGCGGCGACAAAGGUUGACCUGCUGAGUCCAGCAGUCCCUGGUUUUUCUUCCAGCCGGUAUCACGGGGUCUGCAGGCUCCCAGCAAACUCUGCCAGCGAUGAGGCCGGCAGUGAAGGAAAUACUAAUGAGGGAGGGGGUGAGAAAUGUUCUCUCCCUGUGCAGAUUGCGGCUUCACCUCUGCCACGGCGCCUGCGGAGCGCAUCUGACCCCGUCACUGCUCCUUACACACCAGAUAAUCUUGUUUCCUCUGUGUGUUGAGGCAGCUGGGCCACGCGGGGCUGGUGGAGCUGGCCCGCAGGCUGGCCCGGGCUCGCUGCAAAGUGCCGUACGCACGUCUGGACGCCGGCUGCGGUGGGGUCCUUCAGCCGCGGAGGUGGAGCGGAUGCCAAAGGCUGGGCGCUGCCUCCGUACCCCGAGCACCGUCGCUGACCCCCCCUCCCCGUAGCAGGGAGGCCCAGGGCCGCUUCGCAGGAUGACGAAUCAAAGGCUUUAAACUGAAGAAAAACUACCUAAAAGUCCACUUUCGAGUUACCAAAAGUUAAUUAUGGUCUAACAGAGCUGUGGCUCUUCCCGACAGCAGCUCCCAUGCUGCUCCGGCGUCGGUCCCGGCGGUGCGGAUCUCCUCCACCCUCCCCGCGCCGGGGGCCGACGAGGGGCCGGCAAGCGUGGAGCCGGAGUUUGGGAUCUACGUGUAACCGAUUAACAUACACAGCUUACAAACAAACAAACAAACAAACAAUAGGUUUUUAACUUAUAUCAGUGUAUUCAUUAAAGGAACAAGAAAUAUCUGGCAAAACACGACGGUGCGUGGUGGGAAGCUGCUGCCCCGGUGCCAGCCAGCCCCCGCGCCCAGGAGGUGGGUUUUUAACGAACUCGGCCUGUUCAGCUUUCAUCUAAGCGUGUGCGUGUGCGGGCUGUAUUUUCACAGGUCUGAUGCAGAGAUUCAAUCAUGAAGUUUAACCAAGGAUCUGGAGAGCAUCCUACCUAAAAGUUCACUUAUCUCUAUUUAUUUUACAAAAAUAAUAAAAAAAAAAAUAUAAAAAAACCACACGAUUGUAAUGUGAGAGUAAAACAAUUACAAAAGAAAUAAAUGGUUAAUAAAAAAUAAAUGCAGAAA